AUGGUGAAUUGCAUUUAUUGUAACACUACUGUGUCUCGUACAAAACCUGCUGUUUUUUGCGAGGCAUGUAAAAAAAAUGCUCAUGCCAGCUGUAUUUCCAAUUCCAUUGAUAUACUGAGUGUCUUAAAAAAUGUCCCAGGUCUAUCAUGGAAAUGUGAUGAAUGUAGAGGCAACUGCCUGUUUAUUAACGAAAAGAGCGUCAAUACAGUGCUGUCGAAAAAAAUUGAUGCUUCACUUGGGCAAAUCAAAAAUGAAAUUCUUGCCAUAAAGGAUGAGCUGCUGAACCAUGCUGUCAAGGAGACUAACCCUCCAGCUGAUCCUCCUCGUUAUUCUGAUGUACUGCGCAACAGAACUCAACCAGCCAUUGUUAUUCGUCCGAAAAAUACUAAUCAGUCAGUAACUCAAACCAAGACGGACAUUCUAAAGUCAGUUGAUCCUGUUGAAGACAAUAUCCAUCUGGGUAAAGUUUGUGAUAUCAAGGAAGGUGGGAUAGUGCUUGGUUGUAAGAGCAAAGCGGAUAACUUAAAACUGCUUUCCAUUGCAAAAGAGAAGUUAGGUGAUUCAUACGUCAUCAAAGAAGUUGCUGGCAUUAAUCCUAGGGUACGAAUAGUUGGAUUGUCUGGCGAAUACUCCGAUGAGCAGAUACGUAGCUACCUUCUGAAGGGUAAUCCUGACGUGUUUUGUGGUGAUGUUGAGUGUAAAGUUUUGAAAACAUAUGCUGUUAAAAAAAAUAAUAGAAUCUUCCAAUCUGUCUUACAAAUAGAUAGAGUUUCCUAUGUUAGGGUCAUGACGGCAGGGUACUUAUUAGUCGGUUAUGACUGCUGUAAGGUUUUUGAUGCCGUGGAGGUAUUUCGUUGCUUUAAAUGCAAUGAGUUCCAUCACGGCUCAGCUUCUUGUCAGAAUGAGGCUUCUUGUCCAAUCUGCAGUGGAAAACAUGAGAUUAAACAGUGUACAUCAAUAACUAAGCAGUGUUCUAAUUGUGUCAAAUUAAAUUCUAAGUCGAAUCUGAAUGUUCCAAUAAAUCAUGCAGCUUGGGACAAAAAUCAGUGCACUGCCUUCACGAAUGCUACAGAAAAACUGAGAAGAGACUUACUCGCUGUCAAAUAG